AUGAAUGGAGCUGUAGAGGCAGCGAACAAGAACUUGAAAAAGAUAAUCCGUAAAAUGACCGAAAAACAUCGUGAUUGGCACGAAAAUCUCCCCUAUGCAUUAAUGGCAUAUAGAAUUUCUAUUCGUACUUCUUCUGGGGCAAUGCCUUACAGCCUCAUGUACGAAAUGGAAGCAGUUUUGUCAGUUGAGGUUGAAAUUCCUUCAUUGCGUAUACUAAUGGAGACCAAACUGGAUAAAACUGAUUGGAUUAAACAACGUCAUAAGCAGUUGUCUUUGAUUGAUGAGAAAAGGUUAAAUGCCAUUUGUCAUGGUCAGUGUUAUCAAAAGAGAAUGGCCCGUGCUUAUAACAAGAAGGAGCGUAAGGUGUUGGCUAGAGAGAAUGCUCGACUUGAGGUCGAGGCGAUCCAGGAUAGGGCGACCAACGAGAAGCAAGCUGCACGUAUUAAAGAGCUAGAAUACGACGUGCUUGAGGUCGAGGGUAGAGUUGACGACCUCUGCGCUCAACUGAGGGAGGCUCGAGAGCGCGAGAUUAAGCGAGCUCGCAAGUCAGGGGUCGCGCUGAGUCGAUCCUUAAUCUUUGUGACGACGGCCUUGAGGAGUAUAGCGAUGAGGCUUCGUGUGCGGGGGCCGAGGCUGGGGAGGAGUCUACUCCGUCGCCUGGGUCCCUGA